AUGGGAACGAGGACUGACAUCACGCUCUACACUGCAUCAACCCCAAAUGGAAUCAAAGUUCCAAUCCUACUCGAGGAGCUUGGGCUUGAGUUUAAGUUACAACCUAUCCGGAUAAUGGACAAUGAGCAGAAACAGCCGUGGUUCCUAGAAAUCAACCCCAAUGGCCGAAUCCCCGCCAUAACGGAUACGUGGACCGACGGAGAGCGAAUUCGGAUCUUUGAAAGCGGAGCCAUACUUGAGUACAUCAUUGACCGCUACGACAAAGACUACAAAACAUCUUAUCCAAAGGACUCCCGUGAGCAUUGGGAGGUAAAGAGCUGGCUGAUGUGGCAGAUGGGCGGCUUAGGUCCCAUGCAAGGACAGCUAGAGCAUUUUCAGAAAUACGCGCCGGAAAAAGUCGAGUACAGUAUCAAUCGCUACAGCAACGAGACCCGUCGCCUUUAUGGCACCUUGGAAAACCACCUAGCGAAGUCUUCUCACGGGCUCCUCGUCGGUGACCGCGUCACCAUUGCUGACAUAGCUUGCUGGGGCUGGAUUUCAUCCCAUGCGGACGGCGUCUUUCUCUCUGAUUUUCCCCACCUGGAGAGAUGGAUGGACAAGCUGUCGAAAAGGCCAGGGUUCGACAAGGGUCGUCACGUGAUGGAUCGCGCCAAUGUCUGA